UGAGUGUGGCUCAAACGAGUCGAACAAGCGGAUGACGAAAAAAAAAAACAAAUCUUUGAAAAGUGCAAGAAUUUGUGUUCAAUAUUAUAGAAAGUUUCCAAGCAAAUAAAUUUCAUAAAAACAAUAAAAAAAAGUGCAGCUACAGAAAGUGUGAAAAUGUGUCUAAAUUGUUGGAAAAGUUGAUGGAAAAUAGACUGAAAGUUGGCCAAGAUAAACUCGUUUUGCACACACACUCACACACAGAUACGCAGCUACGCACACCAGUGCACCCACAGCAAACAGACGCUGGGAGUCUGAAAGCCAAUAACAAUUAAAAUAAAAGAAGUCAAGUCGCCGCGUUAUUGGCUUAUGAAUCAUACAUUGAGAAAAUAACUUCCAGCAGAGAGCUUCCUUCGCUGACUGGCCCGGCCAGGCAGCUAUGUAAACUGCAGCGAACCACAGCAGCGGAAAUAAAACAAACAAAUCACCCACUCACCCACUCAGCUAAUCAAUCCAAUCCAAUCAAUCAAUCGAAACCGCUGCACAUGUCUGGCAAGGAAAUGCGUCCAUUGUCGCUAUCCAUAGGCGCCUCAUUGCUGCCCAGCUUUUCGCUGGUGACGGCCUCACAUGAUGGCGGCCUGCCCAAGGAUUGCCAUGGCAAGAUCUGCGAUCCAGUGGAGCAAUUUUGCUCAGUAUUCAGUGAGGCCUGCGAAAGCUGUGCCACCAUUUGUGAUGCCAAAUCCCACAACUAUCAGGCCGAAGCAUGCGCCAAGGAGUGUUCAGGCAAGUCGUACAACAGAUACGAACCCCUCAAGGCGGAAAUCCACAAUAUACAGAGCAGCCAGAAACUGAUUCUGCUCCUUCUGACCAUACUCCUCGUCCUGAUAGCCAUACGUUAUGCCUACAAGGGCCUGCGCUGGCUGCUGCGCAAGAGAUGCGUCCAGCAGAGGCUGCAGCGUUAUCAGACCAAGGCCUAUCCGCAUCCGGGGACGGCUAAUGGCAAGGAUCUCCAUGCGACGACCAUACAGAAUCUCAGUGCCAUUCGUCACGGCAGCGACAUUGAGCGGGCGCCGUCACAGAUCUACAGUGUGGCUGGUAAGUGCGCUGCCGAGGGCUCAGUGCUGACACUGACGACACCGGUAAGCACACGCUACCCGGCCGAAAACAGCACCACUCCGACUACGGUGGUGACUGAAAUUGGCUAUGGAUACGAUAAUCAGGCCAUGGUUGUGACGCCGGUUUCCGAGAAGCCCUCAACUGCCACAACGGCUGCUUUCUAGACCUCCCCCUCCUACCGCUACGGCAACAACAUUGCAUUGUACUUGUGACAAGCGAAAGCAAGAUGUGCAUCACAUUGAAACUAGUGAUAUUUCGUAGAGAAUUAAGCAAAAAGUCUUCGAAUGAUAUUGAAAAUACAGCAAAACAAUAAUUAGUUAUAGCCUUAACCGAACUUGUACAGUUUAAAUACAGGUGUACGUAAAAUUUUAAA